AAUUAUUAGACCCUUUUUUUCAAAUAAAUCACGAUAGUUUUCCCGCUAUAUGUAUUUUUGGGCCGAGAAUAUCAAGCCUAACUUAAAGGUCCAUGAUUUGGCCCUUUCUAAUACCUAUUUUCUGGGCUCUGGCCUAUUUAUCGUCAGCCAUGGCCGGGACUGAACCGUUGCUGUUCAUUCUGUUUGAUUGAGCUUUACGAGAAAAUAAUUUAAAAAACAAAGGAAAAUAGAGCUGGAAAUGGAAAAAGAAAGGAAAGUUGCUUACUACUGACUUUAUACCCUCCCCCCCGUUUGUCUGUCUCCGAGUCUCUAGGGUUUACUUUGUCGGGAAACUUCUCGAUUCUCGCCUGCCGGAGCCGACGACUUCAUUUCCACUCCACCGAGCUGCUUCAUUUUCAAUCAGGAAAAGGUGCGCCCUGGAAAAGUAGCAAAUAAGAUCCGCUUUAUUUUCACCGCCAGGUCGAAAGUAUUAUGCUUUCCAGAUACAUCCCGCUGCAGGUUUGUGUUCUUUACAGCUGUGUGUUUUGGUGUAUUUCUGAAAGUUUCUUAUUUCAAAUAAUAACUAUUAGCUUGUAUUAUGAUUGAAAGUCCGUUAAAGCUGAGAAUUAGUAAUUUUCCUCUCACCUUGAUUGUUGAGUGUAUGCAAUAAAUUUGUGGGGUUAAUAAAGGUGAGAGGAAAUUUUACUAUCUGAAUACUUCUGGCUUUGUAUGCAUGAAAUGUUUGUUCUGUUAUCUAUUUUGUAUUUUUUCCUUUUGUGAGACAUUUCUAAAAUAUGCAAUGUCCUGCAUGUUUCUCGUGUUUUAUAAUUGUUACAUGGAUUUCAACUUUGAUGUUCCUCUUCUACACUGAUUUUGUUGCUGUAACUUUUGUCUAUAGGCCAAAGUUUAGUUAGUAUCCUUCCUGUUGGAGGUAGACAGAUAUGCAAACCAAAGGUGGUAAAGAUACCCAACUUCGUGAGAACAACAAUCAGAAGGUCCAUCCCCAACCUAUGGAAGAGGCAAACCAGAAUCCUGAAGCAGUUGAAGCACUGAUUUCAAGGAUUUUCACAAACAUAUCCUCCCUAAAGUCAGCCUACAUUCAGCUCCAAAGUGCUCAUACUCCCUAUGACCCUGAUAAAAUUCAAGCUGCUGAUAAACUUGUGAUAUCAGAACUUAAGAAUCUUUCUGAACUGAAGCACUUUUACCGGGAGCACAAUCCAAAACCUUUAUGCGUGUCUCCUCAAGACUCACGCUUAGCUGCAGAGAUUCAGGAACAGCAGAGUCUUUUAAAGACUUAUGAGGUCAUGGUGAAGAAGUUUCAGUCCGAGAUUCAGAAUAAGGACUCUGAGAUCAACCAAUUGCAGCAGCAGAUCCAGGACGCAAAUCAGAAAAAAGUUAAACUGGAGAAAAAUCUCAAGCUUAGAGGAUUGUCUGCUAGAGAAUCAGAAGGUUCGGGUGAAGAAAGUGGCCUUUUUUCUAUGGACUUGACACCAGACCUUUUCAAGUCAGCUGUGGAAGCUGCUUAUAGAUCCAUCCAUGAUUUUUCGAAGCCAUUGAUCAAUAUGAUGAAAGCUGCUGGUUGGGAUCUUGAUGCAGCAGCAAACUCAAUAGAGCCUGAUGUCAUCUAUGCUAAGAGAGCUCACAAGAAAUAUGCAUUUGAAGCCCAUAUUUGCCAACGGAUGUUCAGUGGCUUUCAGGAUGAGAACUUCUCUUUGAAACAUGAUAGUACAACUUUAGAUAGAGAAAGCUUUUUCCGUGAAUAUCUUGCCUUACGUGAAAUGGACCCGCUAGAUUCUGUUGGACAAGCUCCGGAUUCUAAUUUUGGGGUAUUUUGUCGAAGCAAGUACCUGAUCGUUGUUCAUCCUAAGAUGGAGGCAUCGUUCUUUGGUAACCUUGAUCAACGAAACUAUGUGAUGGGUGGUGGACAUCCAAGGACUCCUUUCUACCUGGCAUUUCUGAAAUUAGCCAAGUCUAUAUGGCUUUUGCAUAGAUUGGCUAAUUCCUUUGACCCUACAGUUAAAGUGUUUCAAGUCAAGAAGGGGAACGAGUUCUCUGAAGUCUACAUGGACUGUGUAGUGAAAAAUUUCACUGUCGACGAAAACAAUGAAAAGCCUAAGGUUGGUUUGAUGGUUAUGCCUGGUUUUUGGAUUGGGGGUAGUGUCAUCCAGUGUCAAGUUUACUUAUCCGGUAUUAAAGUCGUUGAAUGACUUCUGCAAUGGGCUCUGUAGUUAUUUCAAGAUGUGUAUAUGUGGUAAUCACAUAUUUUAUUAUUGUUAUAUGUUAAAUAUGUUGCAUGUUGUAAUAUUAGUUUGCAAGGUUGACUUCUGCACUUGAAGCUCCUAAGGGCGUAUAGGAUGUGUAUUUCUGACUUCAUCCAUCCAAAUUAUAUUCUUGCUUCUUUUAGAAGUAGUGUUCUUUACAGUGAUACGGUAACAGUGACUUUGUAUAGCGAUUAACGAGUUAUUGUAGAUACCAUUAUUUGACAUCUUUCCACACGGAGCGGAAACAGCACCUUGGGUACAUUGGUUGCUGCAAUAACUGUGACUCAACCAUUAGAUAUUUUCCUAGCUAAGAAGUCAGUGUUUCAGAUGAAGUUUACCAUGUUAACGACAUGCUGCUGCGUCGGAUGGUUGGCGAGGAGAACGUGGUGACUUCAUCCCACUGCUAGAGUCUCUUUGGUAGUUCUUGGCUUUUCAACAUAUUGUUAUUAAAAAGCCUUCAUUUUUAACCUUUAUUGCAGAUCAAGGAAAUGUGCCACUUGAAAUGGUGAUAGUGAUUAUAGCGGUUGACUAUGCUAGCUUGCAUGUUGCGUUAUGCAAGGACCACCAAAUCUGCUCUCUGUGGGUUUCAGCACAUGACCAGAUUUGGAGAUUAACACAUAAUACUAAUUACUAACUAAUGCUGAAUUUUUUUGGUCGGUUGAAGGAAAGGACACUUUGGUUACAUCCACAUCAAGCAAGCGAG